AUGCACACGCAGGCUCCCCCUCAGAAGUCACCCACGGCCUCUCCGCCGUCCCCCGAGGCUCCCCCCGGUCUCCUCCCGGCCCGGGGGGACUCCAGGGAGGCAGCUGGGUCCUGCCCGGGGGUCCCGGGGUCCCGUUUCCCUGCCCGCCGCCAUGUCACGAGGCAGCGAGGUGCGAAGCGUGGUGUCGCCCUCCGGCUCCGUCCUGUGCCCGCCGCCCGCGGGGCGCCUGAGGCGAGGGGCCCGGCUGAGGCGCCGCCGCCAUUUCCUCAGCGCAGCGCCCGGGCGUUUCCCCCGCGGAGAGCUCCCGGCAGGGAGCCGGCGGCCACCCCGGUGUCCCCUCACACGGGUGCCGACCCCGUCCCGUCCCGCUGCGGGCUCCCCGGGCUGUUUUCCCCUUCCCGGUGCCCGCCGCCGUCGAGCUCCUCACACGGGAGACGGGCCUCGCACCGGCUGAGGGCGGGAAGGCCUCGAUGGCGGCUCCGCCCGCCGUAA